CGCCGGUUGACAAGUUUGGACGUGCUGCAUUCGGAAGUUUGAACGGUUUGGAAGUUUGGGGUUCGAGUCCUGCGUCUGCGUGGUGUGUGUGACAUGAAUGUUCAAUGUGAGCGAGCAAGAAGUCCUGUCCGUUGCUGUGGUAAGCGGGCCCUUCGACUGCGAGGACUGCGCACUCCUGUUCUCCUCGCGGAGUCUCCUCGACGGCCACCAGAGGGCGGCGCACGGGCACGGAGAGGGCAAGCAUCAGUGCCGUUACUGCACCUACUCGAAUGACAGCGCGUCUAAGGUCAUCCGCCACGAGAGGAUGCACACCGGCGAGAAGCCUUUUGAGUGCCACUUCUGCGGUAAGGCGCUGACGCGCAAGACUAACCUCGUUGCCCAUCUGCGGUCUCACACCGGCGAGAAACCCUUCAGUUGCCAAUUCUGUGGGAAGGCGUUCUCCAAGAAGAAGAACCACGACUACCACGUUAGGACACACACGGGCGAGAGGCCACACAAAUGCGGCCUCUGCCCACGGCGGUUUAGUGACCCAUCCACGCUAAACAAGCACCGGCGGACGCAUCCCACCUACCGCCCUUUCAUCUGCCAGGAAUGCGGUCGGAUGUUUGCCCGCAGGGAGACGCUAGUCGAACAUGGUGCCAUCCACUCUCUUGCAUUGUGCUAGCUGCAUACUCGUUUGUCGUCUGCUUGCGUUCUGUUGUGUUCUUAUUUGCUGAAUCUUCAUGCCGGGUGUGUUAGCACACUUCAGCUUGGAACAUGCUAACACAUCUGGGUAUUUAACCCUUUCCUGUGGCCAAUACCCUUCCCUGCCCAUUUUGAUCUGGUUGAGCAUCGUACUGGCAAACUGGCAAGCGGUCGUGUAAUCACUGCUGCACGGUUCACGUCAAAGACCAGGUCAACAAUUGUACUAGCCUAAUCUGUAGCGCAAACUAGUUUCCCCAUACACAGUGACUGCGCAAACUACGCCGAAUGGCUUACCCUGCUACACCCUGCUACGGUUAGCCAAUAUGUAAAAAAUAUGUGGCAACAUUUUUAUUUUUUUUUAUUAAGCUACAAUAUACUGCAGGCCAUUUCCAGGCCAAAGCGGGGUGGGACAAUAUAGAGUGACACUGCAGACAAUUUUGCAACCUAAACAUGAUUUUGACUUUAUGAGUACCGAAAAUAUAAUAGUUCAGGCCCCGCUACACGUCCAGAUUGUCAUGGUAGGCUUUUGCGUUUUUUUUUUAAACUUGCGAUUAUUGUCGCAAAUAAUGUAAUGUUCAAUUUGAUCUCUGUCGAACACUGACAAUAUUCCGAAUUUUUGCAAUAUCGAGUCAUGUUCACUGUCUGCUCUGGCAGGGAAGUCAGCUUUGUUGAGUGUGCUUCUGACCGCAUUCUUGUGUACGGCAGUGAAACAACAACUGCAAAGUAAGCAUUGCAAUUUUGCUAAUCUUGCUUUGCUGCAGUGUACCUGCAUGCUAAGAAAAAAGCACUCCCUCAAAGUGGGAUAUGUUAAACACUCAAAUGUCAAGUAUAAU